CUGUAGGUGGAAUGCAAGAACUUCUCCUGCGGCCCCAACGGGAUGUGUGAGGUGGCGAACGGAGUCCUCAAUUGCCAUUCUGUGGGGAAAGGGGUGUGUCCGGUGGCACCCACUACACGUCUUUCGACAGGCUGGCGUAUGACUUCCAGGGCAUGUGUACCUACACCCUGGCCAAGGGCAGUGGUCUGGAGAGGAUCCACCUGGUGGGCUUCUCUGUACAGGUGGAGAACGAGAAGUGGAACAAACAGUUGUCUGUCACCAUGCAGGUGGCUCUGGAUGUGUACAACUACACCCUGGUCCUCAAUAAGAAUGUUAUUGGAGUUCUGGUGAAUAGAAUGUUCAACCACCAGCCCCUGAGUCUGAGUGGCGGUGCAGGUCUUCCAGGAGGGCUUCCACUAUAUCAUCACAACGGCCUGCACGUCACCUACGACCUCGUCUACCACGUUACGGUCACUGUGCCUGGAAACUAUCGGGGCAAGACCAGCAGCCAAUGUGGCAAUUUCAAUGGUAACCCUGGUGAUGACUUACUCCUGCCCAACGGCAAGCUGUUGAAAGACGUCACCACCUUCGGGAAGUUGGUGAUCCCGGGCAAGUUGUGUGAUGCUUGCACCCAGAACACCUGUCCCAAGCGUGACCCGGCACAGAGGGCUGUGUUUGAGAAGCCCCACUACUGCGGGGUCAUCACGGCCCCUUUGCCACCUGCCAUAGCAAGCUGGACCCCAAGCCCUACUUCAACGACUUCAUCUUUGACGUGUGUGCCUUGGAGAGUGAUGGAAAGGUCCUGUGUGACGGCCUACGCCUUCAACUGUCACAUGGCAGGGGUUGACGUCAAGAACUGGAGGACGGCGUCAUUCUGUCCCAAUAGUCACUGCGAGGUGUAUGUGGAUGCCUGCUCAGACCUCGCAGAAAUAGACCAGUGUUCCAACAGUUGCUCUGAAGGCUGUGAGUGUGACGCAGGCUUCUUCUUCAACCGACAAACAUUCAUCGAGCAGCACCAGUGCGGCUGCUAUGAAGAUGGACGGUCCUAUAAGCCUGGUGAGGUGUCGUUCGAGGGAGACUGUGGCAGGAAGUGUUCCUGUGACCCAGUCAAGGGCCUGGUGUGUGUUGACCACUCCUGCCCUAAGGACACCAAGUGUCUGGUCAGGAAAGAUGUCAAGGCAUGCUACGACACUGGUAAGGCCCAAACACAUCUCUGAGCAGGGGAAUACAUUCUGAAUACUAGAGAGAACACUGCAGUAAACUCCAUAUUCAAUUGCUACAUUUAGUGGAUUGUUACUGCACCCUUAUCCUGUGUAGAUUCGUGUAAAGCUUCUAACUGCCGUAUGAAGGAGAAGGCGAAGGGGCAGGCAGUGUGCCUUCCCCGGUACAUAGGGACCUGUUGGGCCUGGGGUGAUCUCCACUACCAAACCUUCGACGGCUACAACUACGACUUUCAGGGAACAUGCAAGUACGCCAUCUCCACGACCUGUGGGGAUCUAGCAGGACUGGUGCCUAUCUCUGUCGCCGAGCAGAACGAUAACUGUGGCAACAAGGCAGUGUUGUAUGCGAGGGAGGUAGUA